AUGGGUCAGUUGAAAGAGGACGUUGUCAAGUUGUUAACUGCCAGCGUCUUUGUAAAAGAAGUCAAUCUGCUGAAUGAGGCCCAACAAUUGCUUGACGAAUUUGUAGAUUCGUACAAGCAUUUAGGAACCAAAUUCCAUCUAUCAGAUAUGGAUGGAAUCAGUUUCCCAGUGGGCAUAAAAAAUCCCCAGCUCAAGGCAGAUAUGGGGAUGUUAUGGAGUGUGUUAAACGGAUUGCGGUAUAUCUGGACAUGCACACCAAAGUUGGACGAGAUAAGUUACAGUGAAAAUGCUUUUGUGAUAGAAGCUGUAUCAAGAAUUCUCACACCGAUUUUUGGUUACUGCUCAAUUCCACUUACAUGUUCAUGGGGGGAGCAAACGAGUGAAUCGUCCAGAUUUCGGAAGGAGCAGAUGAGGGCAAUGGCAUCUCCAAACAAGCCUGACUUGUGUAUCCGCCUAGAGGAUAUUGCUGUAGAACUCAUUUUCUGUGAGUUCUCGUCACUAGAGAUGGGAAAGCCAAAGCAUCGUGACGAUUGGAGAAAGUCAGAAGUAGAAGAUCUCUUAGAGAGGGCUCUUCACUUGAAGACAUUUAUUGAAGAAGUUGUGUGUGGAGUGAAAAAGGUGUUGGAUGAAAGCGUAUCUUUGCCUGUUGAUGAUAAUGAAGAAGAUUUAGUGAAAAGGGCAGAGGCUUUAACCAUAUCCACAACACCUUACUCUCCAAAUGCUAAGCACUACUGA